AGAUAAUAAACUAUUGUAAUUGAAGAUAAUACAGAUAACGUAACGUGCAGUACCAACGGAGUUCGUGUCUGGACGCCGUUUAUUGCUUACACCAAGCAGCCAUUUUACUCUAGUGCCUGUGUUAAAUAUAGAAGUGCUAGUGUGACAUACGUGAAUACAUUUUAACUUAACCAAUACAGAUUUUACAAUGCAUUGGCGGUCGAUAUGUUGUUCUUUUUGCUCGUCGCGCGAACAGAAUAGUAAAACAAUCAGCCUAGUGAGUCGCGAUCUGCCAAUGCCGCUGGUGAAGACUGUGCUAGGCGAGUUGAAGGGAGUUGUGUGCCACGACACUGUGAGUUAUGUGGCUUUCAAAGGCAUACCUUAUGCAAAGCCGCCACUUGGUGAAUUAAGAUUCAAGGCUCCGGAACCUCCUGAACCCUGGCAAGGUGUUCGGGACGCAUCGCAACAUGGCCCCGUCUGCCCGCAGUUCAACGAGCGUAUGAACCGAGUGGAAGCAGGAAGUGAAGACUGUCUCUACUUAAAUGUGUACACCAAAACACUGACACCACCCAGUCCUCUUCCUGUAAUGGUCUGGAUCCACGGUGGCGGGUUUUAUACCGGCUCAGGCGACUCCGACUUCUACGGACCUGAAUUUUUCAUGGAGCAUGACGUUAUACUAGUAACAAUUAAUUAUAGAUUAGAAGUCUUGGGUUUUCUGUGUUUAGACACUGAAGAAGUUCCCGGUAAUGCUGGCAUGAAAGACCAAGUCUUAGCUUUAAAGUGGGUGAAACAGAAUAUCGCAGCUUUCGGGGGAGAUCCUAACAAUGUGACCAUCUUCGGAUGUAGUGCAGGAUCUGCUUCUGUCUCCUGUCAUUUGGUGUCCAGAAUGAGUGAAGGACUAUUUAACAAAGCAAUAUGCCAAAGUGGAGUCUGCCUCAAUGAGUGGAGCUAUAAUUUAUAUGCUCGUCAAAGAGCUUUUCAACUAGGAAAACUUUUAGGGAAAGACACUGACGAUCCAAAAGAACUUUUAGACUUUUUGAGAACUGUACCAGCGACGUCUUUAAUAAAUAUACAGUUACCAUUUCUAGAAUGUAAGUAUAAUGACAUAUUAGACAGCAUUCUGUUUGGACCGGUUGUUGAAAAAGUCGGUUCAGACGAUAGCAAAUUUUUGACAGAUUUGCCAAUAGAAUUGGUGAAAAACGGGCAAUUUGCCAAAGUGCCUCUUAUACUAGGAUUUACUUCAGGCGAUGGUAUAGAAAUUGCGAGAAAACUUCCUCACCUAGCUGGGUUCUUAACAACACCAGGUGCUGUUGUUCCAAGAGAAUUAAAAUUAAAAUGGGAACCAGAAAAAGUGCAGAAAGCAGACGAAAGAAUAAGAAAACAUUACUUCAACGAUAAACCAAUAUCGGUUGAACAAAUUCAAGAAUACUCAGAUUUAGAAACAGAUCGUGUGUUUUUAUACAACAUCGUUAGGUAUGCGCGGUACCAUCUGCAGUACGCUUCAGAACCAGUUUAUUUCUACGAGUUUGUUGCUGAAUCUGAAAGAAACAUAACGAAAAAAUCAUAUAAUAUGGAAUCUUUGAAAGGCGUUUGUCAUUCUGAUGAAUUACCCUAUCUGUUUAACGUGACCUGUUUAGAUAUACCAUUAUCGGAUGAAUCAAUGGACAUAAUAAAACAAUUUGUAACACUCUGGACGAACUUCGCUACUACUGGGAAACCUACGCUAAGCACAGAAGAAUGGAAACCAUUCAAAGAACAAGAUAGAAAUUAUUACAUUAUUGGAAAAUCACUUCAGUGUAAAAAAGACCCACGCAAAGAUAAUAUUACUUUCUGGGAAGAUAUUUACGAGGAAACGCAAUUAAAUGUGAUUAACAAAUAAUUCCUGUUUUGAAAUUCGAUGUUUGAUCAUAAUGUUACCAAUGCUUUAACGUUUUUAACUAGUGGACGCUGAGAUCUGUUAUGUACAGUAUUUAAAAGGAUUUAGGAAAAUAAAGAGCAGUAUUAAAGAUUUAA